AUUUCUCAGGUGGUCUUGAACUUCAAAAGCAUGAAACUGAGGAUAUUUUCAAGCAAGAGGCCUGUGAAGAAUCUCCAUCUAGUUUACAGCCCUGGUCCACUAAUACGGGACGACUGGCUACACAGGAGAAUUCUGUAGAGCUGAAAUCAGAGUUAUCAGAGUGUGAAGAGAAAAUUACAGAGAGAAAUGGGAGAGAAGGAGAAGAGUCACCUGAGAGUGUUGGAAUAAAUUUACAGACGAAUGGCAGCGUUUCUCCACCUUCAUUUGGUCAGCUGUCUUUUCAAUACAAAGAGAAAGGUAUGAAGAAAUCAGCAAGAGGAUCAGAGAAGCUGACAACAGCCUUUUUGCAGUGCAGUUCUCUCCAUUCUACUGGAGUAAAACAGACAGAAGACAUCAAAACUGAUCGACAACAAGUGGAGAAAGAAAUCCAAAUUCAUACUGGAAAUAAAUGUUUGGAAUGUGGCAAACAAUUCACACACAAAGGUAAUAUUAAUAAGCGUAGGAAGAUUUACACUGGAGAAACAUGUUGUUGUAAUGAAUGUGGCAAGCAUUUCCCAAAGAUCAAGAAUCUUAACAAACAUUCAGAAAUUCACUCUGGAGAAGAAAAACCUCAUUGCUGUGAAGAAAGUGGUAAGUUGUUCUCAAGGAGUAGCCAUCUUGAGGACCACAGAAGUAUCCACACAGGAGACAAACCUCAUUGCUGUCCAGAAUGUGGUAAGUCGUUCUCAAGUAGAAGCUAUCUUCAGAAGCACAGAAAAAUUCACACAGAAGAAAAACCUCAUUGCUGUCCAGAAUGUGGUAAGUCGUUCUCAAUGAGAAGCAGUCUUAAGAAGCACAGAAGAAUCCACACAGGAGAAAAACCUCGUUAUUGUCCAAGAAUUUUGCCAAACAUUUUUCUUACAAAUGCAGUUUUCAAAGGCACACAGAAAUUGAUACUGGAGAGAAGCCAUAUUGUUGUUCUCAAUGUGGAAAAAGGUUUUAAACAUUAGCUCUUUUCAAGUAAACACACAAACUCCCACUAAAGUGAAAAUGCAGUAUGUGUGUUCUGAAUGUGGCAAAUUUUAUACAAGCCAGAAAGGUCUUUAUCCACGUGCCAAAAUCCAUACUGAAGAAAAAUCUCAUUACUGUUCUGAAUGUGAGAAAUGAUUCUUAUAUUUAAGCACACUUCAGUGCCACAUCAGAACUCAUACUGGAGCGAAACCUUAUUGUUGUCCUGAAUGUGAUAAGCAGUUCUCACAACAAAGCACCAUAAAAAGUCUCAUCAAACGUCACACCGGAGAGAAACCUCACCAUUGCUUGGAAUGUGGCAAACAAUUCUCACAUCUCAGUUCUCUUUAUAGUCAUAGAAGAAGUUAUAUGGGAGAGAAGCCUUACAGUUGUACUGAAUGUGGAAUGCGAUUCUCAUAUAACAGUUCUCUUCACAAACAUAAAAUAAUUCAUUCUAGUAAGAAACAAAGCUGUUCUGACUGUUGCAAGCUUUCUCAGACAGCACGACUCCUAAAGAUCACAAGAGAAUUCACUCUGGAGAGAAACCUUGUUCCUGUCCAGAGUGUGGCAAACGAUUCUCACAUCCAAGCGCACUUUAGUGAGAAGCGUUUUAAGGUGGGAUGGAUCUACAUG